AUGCUCGCAACGCUCUUCGUCCUCUCGGCGCUCACGGCGGCCGGCGCCGGCGCCUUGACGCUCCUCGCACCGAGCGCAGCGCUUGCGACACCCUCGAACGAGGAGCUGCGCGCAGCGAGCCGCUCCCCGGAGGCUGGCGUUUUGCGGCCGAGCGGCCUCCGCGUCAUCGACCUCGUCGAGGGCGACGGCCCUCUGCCCGCUCUGGGCGACCGCGUCUACGUCCACAUCAAGGUGUGGGGCAGCUCCUUCGACGCCGGCGAGCCCGCGUACGCGACCUGGGCGGCCGACGGGCGUCCCAGCAUGUGGUUCCUGGGCGAGCCGUCGGCAGUCGUCGUCGGUCCUCCGUACAUCCCAACUACGACAGUGCCGGCCGGCAUCGACGAGGGGGUGCUUGGUAUGCGUGAGGGCGGCUGGAGGCGGUUGGUGGUGCCGGCGAGCGCCGCGUACGGCGCGGAGGGGCUGCCGCGCCCCGGCGGGCGAGGCCUCUUCAAGGUGCCUCCAAACUCCCCCAUCUUCGUCGAUUUGCGGCUGGUGGAUGGCGGCGGCGGCGGCUGCGACCGGCUGCUGCGGCUGCAGGGCCUGCCAAAGAGCAUCUCGUGCAUCCCGGGGAAGAUAUGA